UUUUGGACAAUGUUACUAGAUUACUGAGCCAUAUUUUAUAGCUUUUCAUUUUUUCCUCGUAACGACGUAAUAUAUAUAAAAUGAAGUUAAUUCAAAUAAACAUUUAAUCAUUUAGAUGAAGCGAUAAAUAAAGAUGCCCAACUUAACACGACAAGAGUCCCCUACUUUAAAUUCUACAUGAAAAAUCUAACAAGAUGACAGAGGAGCAGCUUAAAAGCCUAAUAGGUCCAACAAAGUAUCUAAUGAAAAACUUCUAAUAGAGUUACAGGGAACAAUGUGUAUAAGACAUAUCUUGAGCUUAUUUUGUUUGUCCUUAUUAUAACAUAGUUUGUAAUAUGUGAAAUAAGCUAUUUUAUUAAGUUGUCAUUCUCAUCAUUGCAAUAUUUAUUAACUUGGCACUGUUGUUGACAGUUACAUUUGAAUUAUUGUGUUAUUGUUUAAUGAUAAUUGAAAGGAAUAGAAAUGCUAUCCAGCUUCUUCUUCCCUUGAUCUUAAAGCUAAGGACAUAUAUUUCUUUGUGAAAAGCUUUUUAAGUGAAUGUCUCCCUUUGUUUUCUUUGCAUUCCUCUUUGUUCUUUCUCCUUGUGUCACUAGUCAAUCUUCAGAUACUUUAAAUGCUUUCUCAUGUAGCUCAAAGUCCCGUCCUUCAUGCAAUACCUAUGUGACUUAUCGUGCUAGAGGCCCCAGGUAUCUGAAUUUACAAACCAUAUCUGCUCUGUUUGGAAUUGAUGUUUCAGAAAUUGCCAACGCCAGUAACCUGUACUCUCUAGGAUUACAGAUAUUCCCUCAACAACUCUUGUUGAUACCCAUCACCUGUAACUGCAAUGGUUCAUACUAUUUCCACAACGUAUCGUAUAAAAUACAGGAAGGUGAUAGUUUCUUCAAGGUCUCCAUCUCGAAUUUCGAGAACCUGACAGAUUUUCAUACUGUACAAGACAUGAAUCCGUCGUUGAAUCCUACCAACUUGUCUGUUGGUGCAGAAGCCAUAUUUCCUUUGCUAUGUCAAUGCCCAACAAAGUCUCAGAUGGAAUAUACAGGUGUCAGUUAUCUCAUAACUUAUGUAUGGCAGCCCGACGAUGAUAUCUUCCCAGUCAGCGCUAUGUUUAAUACAACUCCAGACCGUAUUGUUUCGGUUAAUAACUACAGAAACUUAACUGCUUCCAUUUGUCUUCCUAUGUUGAUUCCAGUUUCAAGGUUACCUGUUUUUUCUUGGUCUCCGUCCUUUGGUGGAAGACACAAACCAAGUCACAAGUUGGUUCUUAUUUUUGCAGUGAUAUCUGUUUUCCUGUUUGGAAUCUUGCUGGUUUACGUUCGUAUUCGAUCAAAGAAGAAGAAGGUUAUCUGCCGAUUCGACUCUUGUUUGGAAACCCCCGACAUCAUUCAAACGAGCUUAGAGAAGAAGUCAGUUCAGGAAUAUUUGCUUCCGGGAGUUUCAGGUUAUCUGGGGAAACCAAUAGUCUUUGAUUUGAAGGUGAUAAUGGAGGCAACCAUGAAUCUGGAUAAAAGUUGCAGGAUUGGUCGAUCGAUCUAUCGGGCAGUAAUCGAUGGUAAGACGUUUGCGGUUAAGAAAGCUAAAGACGUCUCUGAAGAGUUUAUAAUUCUGCAGAGACUAAAUCAUUCGAAUUUGGUGAAGCUGAUGGGAAUCUCAUCAAGCAAUUCAGGUCUUUGUUUCUUGGUUCACGAAUAUGCUGAAAAGGGAUCUUUAAACGAAUGGCUAUACAAAACCGCGGGUUUCCUUUCUUGGAGUCAGAGGCUAAACGUAAUGUUAGACGUAGCAAGUGGUUUGCAGUACAUGCACGAGCAUAAUGAACCGAGCAUUGUUCAUAGAGAUAUCAGGACAAGCAAUAUCCUCCUCGAUUCCAACUUCAAGGCUAAAGUCGGAAAUUUCUCCAAAGCUAGACGUGCUGCCACGUCAGCCAUGUUGAAGAUCGACGUGUUUGCAUUCGGGAUCGUUCUGUUGGAGCUGUUAUCGGGAAAGAAGGGCAUGGAAACGAGAGAAAACGGGGAGGUUGUGAUGUUAUGGAAGGAAGUCAGGGCGUUUUGGGAAGACAAGGAAAAUCGUGAGGAGAAAAUGAGGAAAUGGAUGGAUCCGGUUCUAGAGAGGUUUUACCCGCCCAUUGAUUUAGCGUUGCGAUUGGCUGGCUUAGCCAAGGCGUGCACUUCGGAGAAGCCAUGGGUGAGGCCGAGUAUGGGUGAAGUUGUGUUUAACCUCUCGGUCUUGUUGAGGACACAAUUGGAGACGUCGUGUGCGUCUGUAGGGGAAACCGAUGAGCCUAUUCGAAUAAUGAGUCCGGUUUUACCUCGUUGAUAUUGCUUUUCAAGUCACUAAAAUUUGUAUAUGUUUCUUCCAACUUAUAGGCCAUUCACUCUUUUCAUGUGUAAAAAUAAUAUAUUGUUCUAUGCAUUAGUAUGUUUUGAAAUUUUAAUUUUGUUAAU